AAAAGACAAUAGAGUGACUUUCUACCAAAUUUCUGUUCCUAGUUUUGGACGGUGUAGACCCAGAGGACACUGCCACCACGGACUCUCUCUCUCUCUCUCUCUCUCCGUCUCUCCUCACUGUUUUGGCAUGUAUUUGAAGUUUUUAGCUUCUGAUUGUGAUUUGGAAAGCUCUGACUUGAUGUAAAAUCUGGUGGGUGUUUACCUAAUUUCUGUGUUAGAGCCAAAAUUUAAGAAUGAUGGGAUUUGGGACUUAUGGAUAUGGAGGACCCUAUUUGUCAUCAUCAUCAUCUUCGAGUUUAUCAGCUCUGGCGCCACCUUUUACGGUUGAGCGGCCUGUUCCUAAGCCCAUUUCGAGCCCACUGGUGGAGACCUUCACACCACUUGUGGAGGUGACUGAGCCGCCACCUUAUGCUGCCCCUAUGAAUUCUUCUUUGCACAACUGGCUCCCCCCUCACUCUCCCAGUUCAGGGUCCAAUUUCUUCGCCAACCCCACCCCAUCAUUUGAUUCAGUGCCUUCAUCCAAUGCCUAUAGAUAUGCAGGCUUGCCGGCUGUUGACUCAUUCAGUACAAAUCUGCCUCCGAUGAACACUGUUACCACACCUUCGUCCAAUGCAUUUACUUAUGAUCAAGGCUUGGAUGUGGCGGCAACUAGCUUUGUGGAAGCGAAACUGUAUUAUCCCUCUUAUUUAUCGCCCACAAUUCAUGGUGAUAGUCCUAUGGUGGCUCCUGAUCAAUCUAGUUAUGAUUGGCUAUCUACUUCUCAAUUUGCUCCCUUGGAUGGGUCGUCUCACAAAGAGUACACUCAACGGCCCUCUUCUUCAAAGUAUACAGCUCAGUGGGGUGGCUCAUGGAAUGGACCAGCAGAGUGGGAGCAGGGUAAACAGGGACAAUUUGAUGGAAGUUUCGGCCCAAAGGAGACUGAUGUAUCUAGUUUUCCAUAUAAGAAUUACCUGAACCAAGAACCUCAUUCCUCCAAUAGCUUGAAAUCAUACGGUGUAAAUGAAGUAGCAUCCUGCAAUAUCCCAGAUUGGGAUGGAUCUGUAAAUGCAGAGCAUUUAGGUGAUAAAUCCUUUGUGGGGAGAAAGUCCAAAUUCAGCCCCAUUGACUUUACAAAACCGACUAUCGGAUCCCUUUCAGGGGUUCCAGAAACCCCUUCUAAGGCACCAUCUUCACCUUUUGUUGCGAAGUCCACAUUUGGUGUCUCAUGUGAGAAAAGACAGCAUGAUGCUAGUUGGAAUGAUAUCACACCUAUUUCAAAGUCUUCCCCUGCCUUUAUCAUCAGACCACCGGCUAUAGGCACUAAAUCUUCAGAACCAGAGAUAGGUCUAUUCAAAAGAUUGAAUUCCGGAAGAGAUGCAGCCAAUGCAGAUCAUGGUGGUUAUAUUCCCUCACUGGAGUCUCAUCUCCCACGAAGAUUUGAAGACAAAGUUCCUUUUGAUUCAAGCCAACUCGCCAUUCACCUAGGAAGGAAUGAUCCCUUCUCUGUGGAAUAUUCAUCAACAAAAGACAAAGAGCUGUCAAAUAAUGGAAGUAUCAACAAUGAUGCCUUGGACCAUUUGUUUAAAGUAAAACCUGGACUUCCAAAUUCUCAUGUUAAUCCUGAUGGUUUUGAUGCGGCACUUAAUAUCAAUGAUUCCAUCAAUUCUUUUCUGAAUUCAUCUGAGAAUGUGGAUCCCAACAAUCCAGCUGUGGACUCACCUUGUUGGAAGGGAGUUCCUGGUAGCCGUUUUUCUCCAUUUAAAGCAUCUGAAGAGGGAGGUCGAGAACAGAUAAAGAAACUAGAGGGCUGCAAUGGUUUGAAUCUUAAGAUGCCAAUGAUCUUCUCACUAAACACAGAUGAAAAUAUCUCCACCCAAAAGCCGGUUGAGUACCAUGAAUUUGGAUGGCUGGGGAAUGAUUUGCUUGGAAAUGGCUUGCCACUUCAUUUGAAGAAAUCUUCGGUGGCAAAUUCUGCUUUUGGAGAACAUAAAUUAGAUGAUACCAUGAAGACUACCUGUUACCCUGAAUCAAGCCAUGAUAGAGGGCUUCAAGGUUACAUUAAUACCCCUAAUUCAGGGAGUGGAGACAAGUCCUCAAGUCUCUUUGAGCAUUCUCACACUGUGCAACAAGGUCACGGAGAAGAUGGAUUAACAACUGAAGCAAAGAACACAAAAUGGAGUGUCGGUGCAGAUGUUGAAUUGAAUGUCAAUGACACCUUGGAAUGUGGUUCAUCUCAUACCUCUCCUGCUGUCGAAAAUAUAUUUCGUUCUCCUUCUGUAGAGGAUGCUGCUACAAAGCUCACCAAAUCAAAUGGGGAAGAAUCAAAUAUGAAUAUGGAUGUCCAGAUGCUGGUUAAUACAAUGAAUAGCUUGUCAGAAUUGCUGCUUGUUAAUUGUUCAAACAGUUCACGUCAGUUGAAGAAAAAAGAUCUUGACUCCCUAAAAGCUGUAAUCAAUAACUUGAAUAGCUGCAUAUCGAAGCAUGAUGAAAACUUGUUGUCAACGCAAGAAUCGACCUCUUUCCAGCAAAUUACUCUCAAGUAUAUUGAAGAGCAAGAAUCACCCCCUCUCCAGCAAAGUACUCUAACGUAUAUUGAAGACUUAUGCAAGCCAAAUAAGGUUUUGAGUCCAGACAGGCCGCAGUUGACCAAAAUAUUUGCUCCUAGCUUUCAGGAUCCACUUCAUCUUGAGGGUGUUCAGAAAGUAAAGAAGUAUGAUAGUUUUGUUAAGAAUGAUAAUGAAGUUAUAGGUUCUGUUUCUGCAAAAAGUGACAUCGACUUGCUGAAACAAGAUGAGAUGACUCAGGCUGUAAAGAAGAUUCUCAGUGAGAAUUUCCAUACUGAGGAUACACACCCUCAGACACUCUUGUACAAGAAUCUAUGGCUUGAAGCUGAAGCUGUAAUAUGUUCCACCAAUUACAAGGCUCGUUUUAAUCGUCUGAAAAAUGAAAUGGAGAAGUGCAAGGCUGACCAAUCCAAAGAUGUGUUUGAACACACUGCUGAUAUGAUGACGCAAUCAAGGUCUGAGGUUUACCCUAAUUCAAGCCCAGUUGAGAAGUUGACACCUGAAGUUCAGGGUUGUCCAAAGUUUAAACUCCAGGAGUCUCCUACUCUAAACCGAGAAGAUGAAGAUGUUAUGGCAAGAUUUCAUAUCUUAAGGAACCGCAUUGAGGACUCACAUUCCACGAAUGCUACCAAUGGGGAUGAAUCCAGCUCAAGUCUUUCUCCUGUUCCUGACAAGGUCGACGAGGUUGCACCUGAUGCAGAUGCUAGGCUCUCACCUAGGAUCUCCAUCCAGGACUCUCCCACAUCAAGCAUAAUUGGCCGGACAAAUGAUUAUGAGGCUUCUGUUAUGGCCAGAUUUCAUAUUUUAAGAGACCGGGUCGAGAACUCGAAAUUCAUUAGUGAUGCCAAUGUGGAGGAUACAGUGAGCUCCAAGGUCUCUCAUGAACACAAGGCUGAGGAAGUUGCACCUGUAACAAGUGAUGAUGGCUCAAUUCAGGAGUUUAGCAUUCAGGAUUACCUUGUUUCGAGCACAACCGGCCGUGCAAAUCAGUAUGAUGAUGGCUCAAUUCAGGAGUUAAAUAUUCAGGAUUACCUUGAUUCGACCACAACAGGCCAUGCAUUUCAGUAUGAGGAUUCCGUUUUGGCCAGAUUUAAUAUCCUUAAAUCUCGGGUUGACAACAGUAGUGACAUGCCUACAGUAGAGCAACCUCUGGAAAAUGUCGAUCUUGGAUAUGCUGGUAAGAGAAACCUUAGGCCUAUUAUUUGCAACAGAUCAGAGGAUGGAAGUUCAGAUGUAAAAGAGCAACCUGUUUUGCAGAGUCACAUAGCUGACAAUAACGAAGGCAAGUUUGUGACUGCAAAGGAGUUCCGUCUGUUCGUUGAGGAUGAUCCCAGCCACAGCAUCAACAGGCCUGCGAAUCAGCUCUCUGCCGGUUGCCCUGAUCGGAACUCUUCAUCAGAUUGGGAACAUGUCAUGAAGGAGGAGGUUUGGGGACACAACUGUUGAACCUGAUGGCGGAUGUACUAUGUUUUACAUUGUUUUGCUGGUUACUUGAAUGAUUAUAUAAUGACUCUAAACUUCUAAGUCCAAAUUUGUGAAAGGAUAAAUCAUCACCGUCGACUACGAAGGGUGUAAAUGACUCUGGUAUGAUAUGUACAAAGUUGAACUUAUGUAGAUGUUAUGAACGUAUGUUCUAUAAAUCGUCACAAGUUCAUAAGCAUUA